CACUAGUCCAUCUGUACGCAUUGUUCAGGAGACUGAGGGAGGAACAGACGUGUUUUCACAGUCAGCCUGAAGGGGUGAUCACACAGCACAAGCUCUAGCAGCCUUGCUGGCACAGUCAGCCAUACAUUACACACAGGGACAGUGGGGAAGGAACAUCUCUCCUGUGUGACCAGGAACACGUGUAGGGAAAAGCAGGUCUGGACAUUCCAAUCACCCCCCACGCAGCCCUGAUCACAGAGAUACUUUGUUUUACUCUGCUGGAAGGAGAUAAACAAGUGUUCUACAGAGGGAACGCAGAGACUGCUUUUUCUAUCCGGUGGGAAUUCUUCCAGCAACAAGUGAGGGACCCGAGCAAGGAGACCUGGGAUCGUUUGGCCCCCAUUGCAACUUUUCCCCUGUCUUAUUUGUGACCCCCAAGAAAACCUGAUUUUAGAGGAAUAAUGAGGAACGUUUUGAUACUCCUUACCUGUGGCUUGUUCGCCUUGGUGUCCGGGGAAACGUGGGUAAAAACAACAUCUGACAAAGACCUGUACAUCGAUAACACGUCAGUUGAAGAGUCAUCAGGAGCGUAUCCAAUUGAUGAUGAUGAUUACUCUUCUGGAUCAGGCUCUGGUGAUGUAGAAACAGAUGACGUGGACGAUAUUGUGGCGUCAACACCUCAACCGAUGCCAGAAAGUCCACCAACUAGUGAUGCUCCAGAAGAUGAGCUUACUACACCGAAAAUACAAACAAAUUUGCCAGAAGAAACAGAGGAACCUGAAGGAUCAGUGAAGCAGAAAGAAGACACUGAACUGACACAGGUUAAAUCUGAAAUUGAUGUGCGCACAGAAAAACACACAGAAAACCUUUUCCACAGAACAGAAGUUCUUGCAGCGGUUAUUGCUGGUGGUGGCAUUGGAUUCCUGUUUGCCGUUUUCUUAAUUCUCCUGUUGGUCUAUCGCAUGAGAAAGAAGGAUGAAGGCAGCUAUGACCUCGGAGAACGAAAGCCUUCAAGUGCAGUCUACCAAAAGGCACCUACUAAAGAGUUUUAUGCAUAAAACUCCUAUUUUUAGUGUCUCUUUUUAUGAGAUCACUGAACUUUCUUUUAAACAAAGCUUUUGCAUAGAUUAAUGAAGAUUUUUUUUUUUUUCUCAUUGAAAAGCCUUUACGGCAAUUUUAUGAUUUAAAAAAAAAAAAAUCCCAUUGUAUUUAAAAACUUUUCAUGUAUUCCUUAAGAAAAAAAUACAAAAACAAAAAAUGAAGUAAAAUCAGAUCUUAACAUUUGCAUUGUUGAGUGAAUAACAGUGGCAGAGUAUUAUUUUAUAAGACCAUUGAUAUUCAUUAAAACGUCGUAAAACCUUUGAUGCAUAAACACAAAUUUUUAAAAAUGGAAAUGAUUGUUUCAAGCUUCGGGUCUAUGAUAGGUUGUUUAAUAUUUUUAGCAUGUCUCAGAUCUUUCAAAUUUUUAGUUUUUAUUUCAUUAAUUUAUCAUUUUCCAAACAAAUGCCUUUUGUAGUUGUCAUGGUGCAAUUGUCAUAGGGUAAUUCAGAUAUACAAUAUAUUAGUGUAAAUGUAUUUUUUUUUCUAUGUAAACUUUUACUUCCAAAAUAUGUAUAAAUAUGUGUCAUGAUAUCCAUUUUACAUUGCUCUGUUGUGUGUUUUUUUUUUUUCCUUCCGUUUAUUUUUUUUUUCUGUUUGUUUUUUGUUUUGUAUUUUAAUGUAUUUUCUGAUCGGUUUUAACAUGGCAAUUGUUUAAACCUUGGAAAAUGUCUACAAACGUUACAGAGUAAGCUACUAUUUCUCUAAAGGUGCAUUCUCUCUUACUGUAAGAAAGACCAUCAGUUUGGUACUCUGCUGUGUUUUUUUAUGUUUUUCUUGUGAAAGAUAUAUUUUUCUUUUCUCUCUUUCUCUGUAAGUCAUCUACCUUGUCCACAUCGUUGGAUACUAGUAUAUGGAAGCCCCCCGUUUUACUUGCAAAGAUAGAUUACAGAAAUAAAUUAGAACUUCAGAUAGUGAAGGAUUUGAUCAGAUCACUGAAAUUUCUGAACCUCUUAUGUACACUUUAAUUUUUAUUUUAUUUUUGUUCUGUUAUUAAAUGCAAGACCAGGUUAAAUGGAAUCUAUCUUGUUUGACUUUUUGAACCCGUGUAGUCCAACAUUAUUUGUUUUUGGAGUGUUUUUGAAUUAUUCUGCUCUGUAUUACCUGUUUGGAAAUCCACCCCAAACAGGUAAUUUUCUGGGCAUCUAAAUCUAGAACAUUAAAUCAGUAUCUUACCAACUUGUUAAUCAGUAAAUCCAAAAUGCCUAAACCUGAUUGAUCUGUUGACAUUAAAAAUAAUAAUAAUAAACAAAUUCCACUUAAUGCAAAAUGUAGAAUUUAAAUUUAUUCUGUUUUGCCAAAGACUUUUUUUUUAAGGUACAUAAUCUUCAAAUUAUUUGUAUGUAGAUAGAUUCCAUUUAAUAGAGUUGACAGGGUAAAACAAUAUCACAGAAUCUUAAGGAAUCAGGGUUCGUGUGUUUUCUGAUUUAGGCUCUAACUUGUUUGGUUUUAUUGUAAAUGUAUAAACCAAUUGCCUAUGACAUUCAUUUAGUCGUAGGAGCGGAUGCACCUUUACCACCAUAGCUACUGCAGAGGGUCAGUACAGUACUGCGCAUAAUGGCAAGCAGAUGCUGAUGGCUGCAAAUGUUAUUGCAUAUGUUCUAUUGCAGGUUGGGUAAGUUGCAAAUCUUCGAGCCUUAGCAACUCCAGUUUCAGGCUAAUUGCGGCCCAACUAGAGCUGAAGGGUGACAGGUUGCCUGUCUAUUUUUUUGGGUAGAGUACUACAUGGAUGGAGCCAAAAUCCAAAGACUAUAUAGCAGUAUUCUGACAAAGUUGCCAGGCCACUGUAUUUAACUCCGUUACAUUUUAAAGGUACGAAUAGGAGUUCAAGAGCAAUUUUGUCUUUUUUUUUUUCUUCAACAUGCAUUUAAGUUGUAAAAGUCUUUUUAAGCCUUUGAAGUGCCUAUGAUUCCAUGUAAAUUGUUACAGACUAUGUUACGAAGUGUAUGAUCUAUGUUACGAAGUGUAUGAUCGUAAACAAAGAUGUUGGUAUUUUAUAAGCACAGAAAAAAAAAUCUAAUGGUAAUUUUGUAGUCUUACAUCAAUAGACCUAUAAUGUAAUUUGGGAGCAUAAACACUACUGAAUAAAAUCAUGUGGCCUAAUAA